AUGCCGGAAAAGAUGCCUAGUUAUCGCGUAUUGCUAUAUAUAUUUAUUCUUACACCGUUGAUUAAUGGCUCACAAACGGUCAAGUGUGGUAAUUCAAGCCAAGAUAUUUCCGCUAGAAGCAUAUGUGACUGUGUUGACAAUUGUAGAAAUAAGUUUGAUGAAAUAAAUUGUGGUAAGCCAACCAUAAAUUUGCAAGCCGUCGAAGUGUCGACUUUGGCCACUAUCGAGCAUGAACGUAUCCAGCAAUUCAAGCAGCAAUGGUCACUGCGGAACCUAAAGGGCUCUUCUGCCGCCAUAUUUACGAUUGAUACAUCCAUCCCUCAGCCAUGGAUUUAUUCAAUAUGUUUAAACGAUAAUCCUAUUCCUAAUCUAUCAAUGAGAGUCUUCAAACCAGUGCCAAGUUUAAAAUACCUGUAUGUUGCAACAAUUGUUUUAUUUUAA